UGGUUUUAUGGUAUGAUUCAGUGCAUGUGGUUAAAAUUAGCAGCUGACUUAUCUGUACACGUACACAUUACAAACAUUACAACACUGUCAGCAGUGUGGUGGUGGGACUUCACAUCAAAUGUUUGCUCUGUGCUGCCAUCAGGUGCUUUAGAUGGAGAUGCUGCCACAAACCAGUGAAGUUCAGAUGCAGAUGAUGAGGGUCACUGCAGUCGUGUCUGUGAAUGUGCUGACAGCCAACAUGUUACUGAGUGUCUUCUUUGUUUCAGGUGUUUUGGAUGCUUGUCCUAAGCCAGCACACCUCCUCAUUACUGCACCAAAGAAGAUGGAAGCACUGAGUGGAUCUUGUUUGCAAAUCCCAUGUAACUUUACAUUUCGAUCAGAACAAGAGUUUGACGGCAGCAGAAAAACCUUUGGAGUGUGGAUUAAAAGUAACCCAUAUUUUGGCAGCACACCAGGCAAUGUGAUCUUCAACAGCAGUGGGACAGUUAACACCUAUCCAAUGAGGAUUACUGGAAACCUGAGUGAGAAAGACUGCACCACUCUGUUUUCCAGUUUAUUAACAAGUUACACAGACACGUACUACUUCAGAGCUGAGAAUCGACCACUUGUGGUGACAGAUAUUUGUGAUCCUGUUGAAAUAAGAGUUCAAGAUUCUCCUCCGAGGCCCAGAAUUGAGAUCUCAGGUGAGAUCUCAGGUGAUCUGAAGGAGGAGCAGUCUGUCACUAUAACCUGCUCAGCUGUCACUCCCUGUCCACACUCCCCUCCUCAACUCACCUGGAGUCUCCAACAAGACGCUCACAACAACAUGGAGGAAAACGCAAAUGGAACCUUUACAACUAAAAUCCAGGAGACCAUCACUCUGUCAGACCAACAUGAUGGAAACAACAUCACCUGUUCUGCCACAUAUCCUGUGAAUGAAGGAAAAGAUGUCAGGACGGCCCAGGAGACAAAGACUCUCAGUGUGUCAUAUGCUCCCAAGGACACCUCAGUGUCCAUCAGUCCAUCAGGUUUGGUGUCAGCAGGUAGCUGGGUGAACCUGACCUGCUCCAGCAGAGCCAAGCCUCCUGUCAGCUUCAGCUGGUUCAGGAUCAGCAAAGAUGGACCCACGUUGGUAUCUGAAGGACACUUUUACAGCUUUAACGUGACAGAAGGAGGAGUUUAUUACUGCGUGGCCACAAAUGAGCUUGGCAGCCAAACAACAUCAAUUAAUAUUGAAGGUCCUCCAAAGUCGUUUGGGGUUAACGUCUACGUUACAGUGAAGAUCCUGGGCAUCAUAAUGCUCUACAGUACACUCUUCAUCUUUGAGGGGUGCUUUAGAUGGAGAUGCUGCCACAAACCAGUGAAGGAGGCAGUCGAAGCAGACGACGUCAACAGAGUGAUUGAGAUUCAAGCGUCAUGAAGGACAAGAGAAAGACAUGUCCACCAUGAAUGGAAUGUUUCUCUGUCUUAAAUCUGAAAAGACUCUGGAGAUGAUCAGUGAGAUGAACAAAUGAUGGACUACAAAUGGGACAGAUGAUUGUUUUUAGCACAAAUAUAUACUGCAGCUUCAUUGUUAGUUUGCCUGUGAUUGAGCUGAUUUAUGUCAUUCUUACACUUCCUGUUACAUUUUUCUUUGCCUCAGUGGUUCUUUGCAUGUAAAAAUGUCUGAUUUCCAAGGGAGAAAUAAAUGAAUCGAUUCAAAUGAA